AUGGCGCUAGCACGCAGCGGACCAGCAACUCAGCAACUUCAACAAGCCAUUUUCCACAGACACGAGAAACGAUUCUUGGCGAAUCAUGUCAUCGAACGAAAACAAGCAGAUUCGGAGUUGGAAUGCGGUUUGCAUUGCGUUGGACAUGAAUCGUGUGCGUCUGUUAAUUAUAAAACGUCUGGAAUUGGUAAAGGUCUGUGUGAGCUAAACAAAAGGAAGACUCAAGAAACAUCCGAUGUCGAUGAGGAAACAAACCCUGAAUUCAAUCAUCUUGUAAAGCCCAGUAAGGCAGGGUCGUGUAAAGAAAUAUUAGAAAGGAACAGUUCACAUACCAACGGUGUUUACAUGGCAGAAAAUAAUAUCACGCUCGACGAAUAUGAUGUUUAUUGUCACAUGAAUCCGAUAUCUGGAUGUGGAGGAGGAGGCUGGACCCUAGUGAUGAAAAUUGAUGGGAAUAAGAAUGAUUUCAACUAUAACUCUUCAUAUUGGACCAACAAGGUAGUCUACAAAAUACAAGAUGGUCUGGAAGGCUUGACAGAAAAACAAACAAAGUUGGCUUCCUACUGGAACACACCGUUCCGCAAGAUUUGCCUCGGAAUGAAAGUCAAUAAUCAGACCAGAUGGAUAGCGCUGGACUACGCCGCAAGUUCGUUAUACAACGUGAUCGGAGAAGGUAGUUUCAAAAGCACAAGUGCCGGGAAGGAAACUUGGAAAUCUCUCAUCAAUGGUUCAGCUUUACAAGAAAAUUGUAACAGAGAAGGAUUUAAUAUCAAAGUGGGCUCAGGAUCAGGAUAUUUUUCAAGCUAUAUUCACGUCCGGAUUGGUGUCGUGGCAAACAAUGAAAAUGAAUGUGUUUCUUGUGAUUCGUGCAUUGGUUUUGGUACCUCAGCUGGGUGUCAUGACGAAAUAAGAAUGACGACAUGCGGUAAUAACGCCAUUUGUACUUACCUAAACAACAAAAACACACCGGCUUUUGGAUUUAUUCUUGUACAGUAG